GAGAGAGAGAGAGAGAGAGAGAGAGAGAGACGUCCUUCGCAUCGGUGCACCUCAACCGAAGUUGCGUCGCCUCGUGUAUAUAUAUACACGCUUACGCGGAUAUACGUAGACACUAGUGCAAAGAAUAGACGAGGAGAAGUGUGCGCGAUCUCGCGCAAAAAAGAAACGAGCGGACACGUGACAAAGGAGAUCGCGGAAACGCGCGUAUACGCGACACCUUGCUCUUUUAGCCGCAUACGCGAGUGAAGCUUUACGACGCGAGUUUAAGCGCGCUCUUUUUCUCUUCUUUUUUUCUUUCUUUUUUUCUCCUUUUUUCCUUUUUUUCUUCCCACGUAUACCAAGGGAAAUUUGUCCUCUUCCCUGUACCACCUUUCUUCGGCUUUACGUUCGUUUUCUUUGAUCUUUGAAAAAGCCACCGCGAUGUCAAAAAUAUCGACGACGCAAAAGAAUAUGCUCGACGGCAUGUUCACAGAAACGGGAAGCUUCACCUCCAACGGAAGCAUGAUCGUUGUGAGCAACAGGUUGCCGUUCGUGCUGAAGAGAAACGAGCUGUCUGGUAAACUGGAACGAAAGGCCAGCGCCGGUGGUCUCGUAACUGCAGUCGCACCGGUCGUAAUAAGUGGAAAUGGAGUUUGGGUCGGAUGGCCUGGCAUGCAUAUGGAGAAUCCCGACGAACCGAUUCCAGAAUCGGAUCCCAACGAUCGAACGCCAACAGCCGGUCUUCUAUCUCGUAAGGUCGUAGCCGUGCACGUAGAUCCUGGUAUCUUCGAUUCUUACUACAAUGGGUGCUGCAACGGAACGUUUUGGCCGCUGUUUCACUCGAUGCCGGACAGGGCUACUUUUAUCGCCGAACAUUGGCGAGCUUAUUCGGCCGUCAACGAGAAAUUUGCAGCCAAGACGGUCGGCGCUUUGGAGCAGAUCCACAAGGAACAAGCGAAUCAGAACAACGGCACUCCUCUCGUUUGGAUUCACGACUAUCACUUGAUGACGGCGGCCAAUUGGGUCAGACAGGCCGCCGACGACAAGAAUCUGAAAUUGAAGUUGGGCUUCUUCCUUCACAUUCCGUUCCCACCCUGGGACAUAUUUCGACUUUUCCCAUGGGCCGACGAGAUACUUCAGGGUAUGCUCGGUUGCGACAUGGUCGGUUUCCACAUCCAAGAUUACUGCUUGAACUUCGUCGACUGUUGCCAAAGGAGCCUCGGCUGCAGGGUGGAUCGUAAAAAUUUGUUGGUCGAGCACGGCGGUAGAACCGUGCGCGUACGACCACUUCCGAUCGGCAUACCCUUCGACAGAUUCGUUUCUCUCGCUGAAACCGCCAACAAGGUCAUGCUUACCAAUCAAAAGAUCGUCCUGGGGGUCGAUAGGCUCGAUUAUACCAAGGGUCUUGUACAUCGUUUGAAGGCCUUUGAAAUGUUGCUGGAAAGACAUCCGGAACAUCGCGAACAGGUAACCAUGCUACAAAUCGCUGUACCCUCGAGAACGGACGUGCGAGAGUAUCAAGAUUUGAAGCUCGAGAUGGAUCAAUUGAUAGGAUGUAUAAACGGACGCUUUACAACGCCCAAUUGGUCGCCGAUUCGUUAUAUCUACGGUUGCGUUAGUCAGGACGAAUUGGCGGCCUUUUACAGGGAUGCCGCCGUCGCUCUGGUCACUCCUCUCAGAGACGGCAUGAAUCUGGUGGCGAAGGAAUUCGUUGCCUGUCAGAUAAACACACCGCCGGGUGUUUUGAUAGUCUCGCCGUUUGCCGGUGCCGGCGAAAUGAUGCACGAGGCCUUGAUAUGUAAUCCUUACGAGAUAGACGAGGCCGCCGAAGUGAUCCAUCGAGCCCUCACCAUGCCGGAGGACGAACGUACUCUGAGGAUGAAUCAUUUGCGCCGUCGUGAAAGGAUCUACGACGUCAAUUAUUGGAUGAAAUCCUUCCUUCAAGUCAUGGGCUCGCUCGAGGAACGCGAUUCCGUCGGUGCUACGACGAUGCAACCGGUAACGAUGGACGAUUUUGACGAUUACCUCAGCAAGUCCCCUAGGUACAUCGGCGAUAACCACAAGUUGGCCCUCUUAUUGGAUUACGACGGUACCUUGGCGCCGAUCGCAACGCAUCCGGAUUUGGCGAUCUUGCCGUUGGAAACGAAAAACGUUUUGCACAGGCUCUCCAACAUGUCCGACGUUUACAUAGCCAUUAUAUCCGGUAGAAACGUGAAUAACGUUAAGUCGAUGGUCGGCAUAGAUGGUAUCACGUACGCCGGUAAUCACGGCUUGGAGAUUUUACAUCCCGAUGGGAGCAAAUUCGUUCAUCCUAUGCCGAUCGAGUGCGAAGGAAAAGUCGCCAAUUUGAUGCAAGCUCUUCAGGAUCAGCUCUGCAAGGACGGUGCAUGGGUAGAAAACAAAGGAGCCUUGCUAACGUUCCACUAUCGGGAGACACCGAUGGAAAGACGCCCGGAGAUGGUGGAGCAGGCAAAGAAAUUGAUCGAGAAGGCCGGUUUUAAGGCAUGCUCGGCGCAUUGCGCCAUAGAGGCGAAGCCUCCGGUCGAAUGGAACAAAGGACGAGCCUCCAUUUACAUUCUUCGUACGGCUUUCGGUCUGGAUUGGAGCGAACGAAUAAGGAUCAUUUACGCCGGUGACGAUACCACCGACGAGGACGCCAUGAAAGCCUUGAAGGGUAUGGCUGCCACCUUCCGCGUGGCUUCGUCUCACAUCAUACGCACGUCGGCGGAGAGACGCUUGCCAAGUACGGAUUCGGUUCUCACCAUGCUAAAGUGGGUCGAGAGACAUCUUAGCAGGCGUAAACCGCGUAACAGCACCGACAUGCAAUCGAAAUUCCGGCGCAGCAGCGCGGGUAUCACCAUGGAGAUGUCUUACACACCGACGAACGCAUCGACCAACACGUUAGAAUCGUAGACGGUACUUUUGUAGUAUGUACGUAUUUCCUUCGAAAUACGUUAGCGUGCCGAUCUGAUAUCUACGAUCGAUCGGAUCAAUGUCGCCAGGCUUUAUAAUAAUCUAAUCUUAGUAAGGAUAUGACGAUAGACGAUGAGGGAGAUAGAGAAGGAAGCAUAGAAAGGACGAGAGUAAAAAGGCCGACGCGUAUCUAAUCCAAAGAAACAAACGUAUGCGAUCUACGGAUAUCGAUGUAGAGGAGAUGUGUCACUUUUAGAAAGAAACGUCGAUCGUUUAAACAAUUCUAAUUCCUACGUUAUCACAUUCAUCGCCGGUACGAUCGCGAGUACGACAGGAGGCUUGCGACGAGACGUCCGACGGCGCAUAACGUACCUAUAUAGCACGUACGAGAUAGAAGAUUUUUCCUUUUCUCGAGAUCGAUGUAUUUUUAGUAAUCGAGCGACUUUUAGCUCUAAUCCACGACCCUAUGAGAGAUCGUAGGGUAGAAAGUAAACGUGUCCAAAGAAUACCGUCGUUGUAUCCACGCGAUUGGAAGAAGAGAAGUAGGCUCCCACGAAGAAUUCCUGAAUUCGCGUCGCUAGCUCAACGUCGCCUUAAUCGUACACUCACGAGGAGUAGCGCUUAGCCGAAAUAACUAAAAUAUCUUAGAUGUUACGUUGCCCAAGGGAGAAAAAGAAAAAGAAGAAGAGGAAGAGGACCAAGGAGAGAAAGAAGAAGAAGAAGAAGAAGAAGAAACGAGAGCAGUUUGGAAUAAAUCGCGCGUGUGUUUCUUUUCGGAUUUUGAUACUUUUCAAGAAAAAAAAAAAAAAAAAAAAAAAAAAAACAGAAUUGGCAUAUAAAACGCGAUAGUAAUUUUUCUUCGAGCGAUCGAAAUCUAUCUUCUUUUUUAUACGUGUAUGUUUUUUUCUUUUCGUCAUUAUUUUUUACGCUAAUUUUUUGCGUUGAUCAAAAUUAAACGAUCGUGCGAGAUGGUGGUAAAGAAGAAUAAUUUCUAAAAAGGAUCGAUAGUAAAGAGUUUUUGUCACUUCAAUUAGAUCUUCCGUCAAAUAUCAUUGUAUACUUGGUAUCGUAAAAAUGUCGCUUAUUCGUUUGCAGCUUCGAUGAAGUUUGUUUUCGCAUUGGGCGCUCUUUUAUAAAGCUAAAGAUUUAUUAUUCAAACGAGAUGAAAAAUUUCUUCGAAAAAUUACAGUGCCAAUCUAAAAUCCCAUAUCAAUAGCGUACUAAUAAAUGUCAAUUUAGUGAUAAGGAGUUAACUAAAGGACAUGUACGACCUCUUUUACAUGCGUGUCCAUCAAACAAUGCAUGCGUAAUGAAUGCGCGCGAGCGAUACAAUACUCUACUAACGAAACAAUGAUAUAUAGACUCGAAUAAGUAAAUUAUAAGAUUCUCAUAGAUUUUUCACUUUUUCUAAAUAGAAUAAGUCGUACGAGACGUUCUUUUUUUUUCUUUCUAUAAGUUUUUUAAGAAUCUCGAAACGCCAUCGAUUAUUUCUCUGUGUGAAAUAUUUUUAUAAAAGUUUGCGGGACAAAACGCGACGAUUUAAAAUGUCCUCCAUUUUGCGAGACACGAAAGAGUAACUUUAUCGAUUCUUCGUUCCCACCGAUCUUCUUUAAGCGUGUACCGUACGUGUAAAUACGUACGUAUGCACGCAACACACGUAAACACGUACGCAUACACAUAUAUAUCGGCGUUCUAUCGUUAAAUCGUACCAGUAGCGAAAUAUUACAACAUACGUGGAACGACUAAUUUUCCGCACAGUCAUUGAUUUCCUCUUCCUCUCUCUCUUUCUCUCUCUUUCUCUGUCUGUCCGUCUGUCUCUCUCCCGCUCCCCCGUCUAUUUCCUUUUUCUUAUACUUUCCUUUUCCUUGAAACGAAUGAUAAUUAUUCCUUGUUUAAAAUCUAUUGGAAACGAACGAGAAGAAACUGGCCCGUUGCGAUAUUUCCACUUACGUACACUUUUGAAACGAAUGUAUAUAUAUAUAAAAGAGUGCAGAAUUGAAUCUUAGUUUUGUAUAUAAAUGAAUAAUAGUUUUUAGCUCGUCAUGGGUGUGCAUAUACAUAUAAAACAUAUGCGUACGUGUCGGAGACCUUAAGCACGCACAGAAAGAAGACGCGCGAUAAGAAGAACGCACGAGCACGGCGCACAUGUAGUGUAUGUAUUUGUUAUGUAUAUAAAAAGGGAACGCGCGCGCAUUAUGUAUGUGUGAUAUGUAUAUAUGUACGCACGUUAGCAUGUAUAUAUGCCUAUACACGGAGAGAAAGAGCGCGUGCAUUUUUGCAUAAAUCUAUUGUAGUUUGUUCCGAUGGUUGUAAGAGAAGGCAUUCAAAACGGAGAAAUAAAUGUCCUCGAAGAAAAUA